AUGCAGCUCGUGGGUAGAGCUCCGACCAUUUUGCCGCGCCUCUCUGUCCCGUCGCUGCUCUCGUCGUCCGCCAGCUCGUCGUGGUCGCAUCCCACCAGAUCAUACCAAAGGAACCUCGCAAGCAUGGCGCCUACUCCCAUCUUGCUCGCUCCAGAGCGCGCUCGAGCUUCGGGCAUCACGCUGGCCGACCAUGAGUCUGCCUUCCGCGAGAACUCGGCGACGAUCGUCAUGCCGUCCGCCGAGGCGGCCUUCCUCAACCCUGUGCAGGAGUUUAACCGCGAUCUCUCGACGCUCGCUAUCCGCACGUGGAGUGAACAGCUGGACGCCGAGAAGAAGGCACGCUUCCUGAAAGCCGCACAGCGAAAGAGCACAACGUCCGGUAAAGGAAAGGGAAAGCGCAAGGGAGCUCAGGCCGCAGCUGCGGCUGCAGGCGAUGCGGGCCAAACAGCUGACGAGCAGCCCGAUACCAAGAAGGCGCGCGUCGACGAGAACGGUAACGGCGUGGCCACAGCUACGGCUGUCGCGGGCGAGGAAGCUAGCUCGAGCGCCGCCGAGGCGCUCAAUCCCGAGGACGACUAUCGCAGCUACAGGUUCACGCUGCUGGAGGCGCUGAGUGCGACAGGUCUGCGUAGCAUUCGAUAUGCCAAGGAGAUCCCACUUCUGCGAUGGGUGCUGGCCAACGACCUCUCGCCCACAGCCGUCGAGGCGAUGAAGCGCAACGUCGCGCUCAACUUCCCACCAGAUCGUCCCAUCGACGAGUGGAUCGUCUCCGAGGCCGGCAACGAGGCCACGCCCAACCAGGACAUGGACGAGGACGCUCUGGCUGCUUUGGAAGACGAGGCUCGUGCCGGCUCGAUCGCACCCGCACCAGCCAAAGACGAAACGGCAACACCAGCAGCCCCAUCGAACGAGGCCUCGGUGAGCACGCCUGCAGUUGCAGCUGCCAUCCACCCGGACUGCAAGGUGAGGAUGAACGCAGGCGACGCCAUCACGCUCAUGUAUACGCACCGCGAGCCGCACAAGCGCUUCGACGUCGUCGACCUCGAUCCGUACGGAUCGGCUGCACCGUUCAUCGACGGCGGAGUGCAGUCGGUUGCCGACGGUGGCUUGCUCUGCGUCACCUGCACCGAUCUGGCCGUGCUGGCGGGCCACAACUAUCCCGAAAAGUGCUACUCGCAGUACGGCGGUGUAUCGGUCAAGGCCGAGUUCUCGCACGAGGUGGCAUUGCGCCUCGUGCUGCACACGCUCGCUACAUCGGCUGCACGCUACGGACGCUACAUUCAGCCGAUGUUGAGUCUGUCGAUCGACUUUUACCUGCGCACGUUUGUGCGCGUAUGGACAGGGCCCGUCGAGGUCAAGAACGUGGCGAGCAAGACGGGCACCGUGUACAUCUGCACGCACUGCCAGGACUUCCAUGCGCAGCGCUUUGGUCGCGUCACACAGACCACCAACACAGGCAAGACCGGUCAGACCAACGUCAACUAUCGCUACAACUCGGCGCAAGGGCCUCCUGUGGGCGAACGGUGCAACGAGUGCGGAAGCCGCAUGCAUCUCGGAGGUCCCAUGUGGCUAGGCGAUCUGCACGAUGCGGAUUUUUGCCGUUCGAUCCUCACCAACCUCGACGAGAACCCGGCGGCGUUUGGAACGAGCCCACGCAUCCGCGGUAUGGUCAGUCUCGCAGCGCAGGAACUCGGCAACGAGGGGCUUUUCUACUUUACACCACCCAAGGUCUCGGGCUUGUUCCACUGCGUCUCGCCACCGCUCGAUAAGGUGGUGUCGGCACUGAUCUCGGCGGGCUACGAGGUGAGCAGGUCGCAUGCGGCGGCCGGAUCGCUCAAGACGAGCGCGACAAGAGCACAGGUGUUUGAUGUGCUGAGGUACUGGGUCAAGACGCAACACCCUGUGCGGAUGGACAACAUCAAGUCCAACGACCCCGCCCAUGUUUUGCUCGCAAAACAGCCCGAGCGCGAGUACAACUUUGACAAUACAAAGGCACCCGAGGUGCUGACGGCACUGGGUGCGGGCGAUAAACUCGUCAGGUACCAGAGCAACCCGCUGCCCAACUGGGGCCCUGGAACGGCCGCAAAGGGUCACAAGGGAAAGAAGAAAAGGAACCUCCGUCCGGACGACCUGCAAUCCAGCGCGUCGUCCUAG